UUCUGCCCUUUGCACUUUGGACUUUGACACGAGCGGACCUCACCUGUGAACCCUCCUGUGAACCCAAACCUGUGAACCCAAACCUGUGAAGGAAACUCUGAGACUUUUGCACUGCUUGAGUCUUUUUGUUGGAAACAAAACUUGUUGUCUUACAGAACUACACGAGAUCCGGACUACGAGAGACCGAGAGCCGAGGACGAGCCCCUGCUGAAGCGACCGGGCUGUGAUUUGGACCAUAAGUGACUGACUUCCUCCCGAGAAGCCUGAGAAUGGAGGACCACCUGUACGCACGGGGCGACGCCAGAGCUGUUGGCGACUUCGUUGGAGCUGCGCCGCCACCCCCCCCUCCCAGCCCCCCGGCGGCAGCCAUCGGCAUCGACUACGGAGCUGGUGGCGACUACGAUGGAGCUCCUGGCCUCCCUACGGCCAUCAGGUUAGUCGAGGAAGAUAACAUUGCGGACAUUAGGCUUCAUAAUGCGCGUGUGUCUUUGUUGCGUGUCUUUGCCCUUUUAACACCAGACGAGCUCCGGCGCCGACUCCGACACCCAGACAUCCGCCGCCGGUUCCGCCAGCUCCGCGCCAUCCGCCGACUCCGCCAGGGACUGGCCCGCAGGUAAGUUAUCAGGUUAGUGAUACACUUGUCCCUUUAAACUUACACUACACUGUUUAAAGGACUGUUAUUGGUUUGUAUGGGCACUUUAUUUUAUAUUCUACUGUAAAUGUAAUGUUACAAUUCUUGCACUUUGUUGAUUGUUGAUUGUUUAAUGUUAUUGUCUAAUGUUGCACCACCCGCCAUGACACAUUCCUUGUAUGUGAAAAUAUAGUUUACAAUAGACAGACACACAAUAUAUACAAUUAAAUUAGAAACCAGCUGUGGAACGUCCUGAAGCAGCUCCGGCCCGUCCCCCAGAAACCAGAAGAGUCCACCAGGAGCAGCAGGAAGAGGAGGAGCCCGACUGCCCGGCAGGACGGAUAAAGUGCCAACCAGCCUUCCCUCGCGCCUGGCAGGGGAAGGCUGGUUUCUCCAAGUUUUUUAUUUAGGUAUCGAAUGCUGUGAUACAAGAAGAAACUUCCAGGAUCUCCUUGACGACGACGAAGAAGAUGACGAGGGAGGACCACAUGAGAAGGAUGAAGGACUACAGGACCAGAAGAAGAGCGGCGGUUGCCUUUCUUUCAGUGGGCGGAGGCAGGACUCCUCUGUCUCUCUCCCAGCUGGAGGUGGAUGUCAACCAACCCAUCACCUUCAGCAGACCACGACACAAGUCAAUCAGGACCCCCCCCGCCCGUCCACCCAAACCCCCGACACCGCCCGCCCCGCCCACACAGGAAGCAGCUGUGAAGAAGACGGACGCUUCAGCCUGAACAAGACAUCAUCAUUCUUUCAUUUGUCACAUGGAAUCCUGUAUGUUCAUGUAAACUGUGUACAGUAUGUAGAUUGUUAUCUCCUGAUUUUAAUGAAUACAUUUACCACAACAUCAAAA